CCCUGCGCCUCCCCACACAGAGGCAGGAGUCUGGAAAGGCCUGGGCACCGAGCGCAGGAUGGGGGCUCAGUUGUUCGAGGCGCCCAGGAAGCCUGGGUCCAAAAAGUGGAUGGCCGUAGUGACGUCAAGUCCUGCCCGGUGCGGGAUGUCGCACGUUCCUCUGCCAUCAAAGAGAGUGCAGCUUUGACGAGGGAUGUACUUGAGCAGCAUUUUAGUGAUUUAAAAGGGACCCUGAGGAAGCUGUUGGAUGAGCGAUUGAUGGCACUGCUGCAGGAAGUAGAUACCAUAGAACAAGAGAGUAUCAAACCAUUGGAUGAAUGCCAGAAGCUAAUAGAACAUGGAGUCAGUACAGCUGAUGACCUGCUCCAGGAAGGAGAGAGUGCUGUCCAGGGGGGUGUAGGAGACCAGAAUGAGACACUAUGUAGCUUCACAAAAAAGGCCUUGCACAUUCAACUGGAUAGCUUGCCAGAAGUACCUUCAUUGGUUGAUGUGCCUUGUCUAUCUGCCCAGCUGGAUGACUGUCUUCUUACCGUACUGAAAAAUCAAAUAUUCAGUCAUGGGACAGUAGCAUCGCGACCACCUGUCCAAAUUGAGGAACUUAUUGAGAAGCCUGGGGGUAUCUUGGUCCGAUGGUGUAAGGUGGACGAUGACUUCAUACCUCAAGACUACAGGCUUCAGUGUCGCAGGAGUACUGCCAGUCACUUUGAAGAUGUGUAUGUUGGCUCAGAGACAGAGUUCAUAGUGCUCCAGAUUGACCCCAACAUUGAUUACCAGUUCCGAGCGUGCGCUCGAGGUGAUGGGAGGCAGGAAUGGAGUCCAUGGAGCAUCCCUCAGACUGGCCGUACAACGCUAGUUCCUCAUGAAUGGACACCUGGUUUGGAGGGCUACAGCCUCAGCAGUCGAAGGAACAUAGCACUUCGAAAUGAUUCGCAGUCCUCUGGUGUGCUCUACUCCAAAGCUCCAACGUACUUCUGCGGGCAGACUUUAACGUUCAGAAUUGAAACUGUCGGUCAGUCAGACAAGCGAGACAGUCUGGGAGUUUGUGUGGAGCAGCAGAACGGCUACGACUCUUUGCAGCGAGACAAAGCAGUGUGUAUUAGCACCAACGGAGCUGUAUUUGUAAAUGGCAAAGAGAUGACAAACCAACUGCCUGCUGUAACUACUGGAUCAACUGUGACAUUUGACAUGGAAAUUGUGCAGUUAGGUCCUGCCAAGGAUGGAGGAAACUUCAAACUGAGAGUAACCAUUAGUUCUAACAACAGGGAAGUGGUUUUUGAUUGGGUACUUGAUCAGUCAUGUGGUUCUCUGUAUUUUGGCUGUUCAUUCUCCUACCCAGGCUGGAAGGUGCUGGUGUUCUAGCUUCUGAGAAGUACUGAAAUAUUUUCAGCUGUUGGUCUCUCUGUGGUUUAACAAAUCCCACCUUUACAUUACUUGAACUCUCCUAUGCUGUGUCUUUUACUGGAUUUAUUUCAAAAUGAGUGCUGGAAAAAAUGACCCACUUAACCUGGGGUAGAGGAAGGAGGAAGUAAAACGGGCAUUUAUUUCUUCUGCUGAACUAAUUUUGUGAUAAAUCCUUUAAAGGUUUUGUAUUCUUUUUUCUAGACUUCUGUCAGUGUUCCAUUGUACUCCAGCUUAAUUUUACACAGCAAGUGCAUCUCUAACUUGCUUAGUGUGGCUGUUCUGUGAAACAAGCCUGCAAACUCUGGCUUGACAUUAGUGGACCAAAGUCUUAUUUAUACCACUUGCAAUAAGAGCAAAUUAUCUUACAGCAGGGAAAUUCAGCUAGGCUUACUUUCACAAAGUGCUGUAACUUGCACCGUUCAAAAUCUGAACCAGUAGUCUCUCUACUAAUGACAGCACUCUCCUCCAGAUGUGGUACUGACCCUUCUCCAGAUGAAGGGUGUCUGAGCCUAGAUGUCUGUUUCAAGAUGUAGUCAAUGUGUUAAAUGUCUUGGUUCUUUGCAGAUGUGCCUUAGUUUCAGGUAUUUCUUGAACAGCAUCGUGUAUAGCCUUUUUGGAAUAGGUUUUCCAUAAUAAAUAAGGUGGACCAUGCUGACGGCUGCAGUGUAGUACCAGCAGCUCUGCAAAGCUUAAAGCAAAGAUGAGCAAAUGUUGCUAACUUGGUGUUUUAUAGGGAUUUACUAUGAACUUGUACAGCAUUCUUAUAAAAGCCAACUGAAGCUACAGUAUUAAGUAGGAGCUCACAUCUACAAUAAGGACUUUGUCUAAACAAGUUCUAUUCCUAGUCAAGACUUGACUUAAUACAAAGCAUUUACUAAAUGCUUUGGGAGGGCCCCAACAUAAAUGAUACGUAAGAAGCUUUCCUUACCUCAAAAGCAAGCUUUCUAUAAAGUAUUUUUUGGCAUUUAAAAAAAAAAAGUGGCAAUAUUUUGAAAAAAAAGCUUUAUCUCUAGUCACAGACAAUCAUGCCUUGCCUUAUUUCUUCAGUGUUAAUAUCCUCAUGUUAGCUGUAUCUGUCCUGUACAUUCUCAAAGUUAAGUCACUCAGUGUUUGUAUUUUAUAUAUUUUGCCUUUAAAAAGGUGACCAGUGCUGUAGUAGGGGCAAGGAUAAUCAUGGAGAACUGCUCAUCUUGGAACACAGCAGUUUCUACCUUAUCUUCCUAAAGAAAUGCCUCUUCCUCAGUCUCCGUUUGAAUGGAAGAAAAAGGUUCAACAAGCAGUUUUCUUCUGUGUAGAUUUUUACUUGUAGCUAUGAAAGUGCAGUCUGCCAAAGGUGAAGAUAGCACUGAAGCUAAUAGCAGAAUAUAGCUCUGAUUUCACACCCUAGACUUUUUUCCAGGAAGUAGUGCUGAUCCUUUGCUUGUAGGAGUCAAAAUAUUAGCUGUAAAGACUUGCUUCUGACAGACCUCAACCUCUGUUUGCUUUCUCAAAAUUGUGGGUACUCACAGAUUUAAGAGAGGCAAGUAUUUUUUCCUGCAGUUAUGAAAAGGCUUAAAAUAUUAAUGUUACACUCAGGUGAAGCAGAAUAAUUAUAGGGCUAUUGGUAUAAGGUUCACAGUACUUCUGUGCUAGGAAGUGCUGUGUGAACUCUUUCAAAAAUGUAGCUAUGAGAAGAGCCAGCAUGUCAUUGUGUGUCAGUGAGUUUAGUAGUCAUCAGAUCAUCUCUUCAAAUGAAAGGCUUGAGUAGAUCCAUCACUUGCUUGAUUUAGUUUUCUGAAGUGAGGACAGGUAGCCUAGGUUGCAAAAUUAAGUGGGUACUGUUCAACUCCUGUUACAAUCCUCUCCCUUUAGUUGGAGAAUUCUCUCGCUAAAAGGUUCCUAUGACUCCAAUACUGUAAUGUAUGAGGCCUUCAAACACUGUUAAACCUGCCAUGA